UUAAGCUAAAGCUUUAGCAUUUUCACACAUCGCGAUGGACGCGUCCUCGACACAGUCUGUCAACAUUCUUGAGACAUUUAAUGCGUAUCAAUAGAGAAUUUAUAAGUUAGAUUUCUGCUCCUACAACUUCCACAUCUUUCGAUUUUCGAGAUCUGGUAAAGGGGAGAUUGAUGUGUAUCUUUUUAUGUUCAAACAUGGGUCAGAUCACUAUAUGCUUUUUUGUCACGAUCCCUUGUCACACCUCGCCAUCCAUGUGUCAUCAUGCAUGAAGUUGUAGAUGAGUCACUGCGUAAAAUAUGUCACUAUCAAUAGAAUGUGCCGCAGCAUUAUUAUCUUUUAGAUACCCUAGUUUAUCAUUAUUGUGGUCCCAUACCCCAGGCAUUUGCGACGGAUUUUUAAGAAACUUCGGUUAUUUUUUAAAUUCAACAUGGUAAAUCAAGCGGUCAGCUCUUUUUCCUGUUUGAAUGAAAAAAUCAGAAAAGCGUGCCAUCAACGAACAGGUCCAUUCGUGCAGUCGACACGUCAACGAUAAACACAAGCAAAGCCAGGGAAUAGUCCUGGGUAUUAAUCCAUGAAGCAUUAGCCCUUCUAGAAGUUAUGUUCCACAAGAGAAGAUCAAGUAGCUAGGAACAAAUUUUGAAUGAAUAGCAUGCUAUACGAACGAACAAAAAAGGUAUAUGACGUCAGAUCAGGCCACAGUAACCUGACAGGCUGCAUGUCAAUAUACUAGCUAGUAUAACAAUAGUAAUUAUCGGAGUUGCUGAUGCGGCGUUACCUCACGUUAUUCGUUUAUAUUUCGACAGUGUUCCAUCGCAGUUUGAAGGAUGUUAGAAGAUUUUUGUAAUAGUGGAGAAAGGGCUUUUUCGUCUCUUGCUUGAAGAUGACUUCUCGAUGUACAACGUGAAAGUAAUUUGCAUGUCGUGUUGUUAGCCACAUGAACCACGCCAUCUUGUUUCCACUGAACUACGUUCGCCUUCGAUAAACUGUGAGAAUCCUUCCAAUGAUGAAUACGCGAGAAAGAGAGAGAGGAUCCCGUCGAAAAAUCUUUGCUCUAACACUCAUUCCAACCUUAAUCAUAGUGAUUUUUGUCUUUGUGUGGAGACCGCUCUUGCUUCCAUAUUUCUUUACAUAUGCGAAGAUAAUUAUUUCAGAAUCUUGGGAUUAUGAACAGAGACUUCAGGAGAACAAGAUGGAGCUUGCUCAUAAGGAAUGGAGAAUGUAUCAAAUCGAAAGUCGUUUUGGCCAAGACUGGUGCAAAGACCAGCACGUUAAAUCAAGAAGCGACAUAACAUGGCUGACAAUCGUAGUUGACGAGAAUUUUGCUUCCUCUGCCUUAGUUCUUGGUCACUCCAUCCGCACAUUUUCUUGCCAAAAGAACAUGAUCGCAUUGAUUUCAGAAACGGUUAACGAGAGAACUCGGAAAGCACUUCAGAGUGUUGGUUGGGAAACUCGUUUGGUCGAAGAAAUGGACUGUGAUUGGCUGGAUGCUAAAUUGGGAGGUGACCGCAACAGUGGGUUGUUUGGAAAGCCACUUGGAUACAGAAUAAAGGGAACACACACGCGAUUCCACGCCUGGAACUACACAGAAUAUUCCAAAAUCAUUUAUGUUGAUGCUGAUUACAUGUUGAUGACAAACAUUGAUCGACUGUUCGACAUUCCAGAUGACUUUGCCGCUGCUCCUUCGUCUAGACCAGGUGUGGUGAAUCCAGCCUUCAAUGCAGGAUUCCUGGUGUUCAGACCAGAUAGCAACUACUACCACGAAAUUAUGAGCCUGUGGGAGGACACUACAAGAAAAGACACUUGUCCUGAUGAUCAAGUUUUGCUGUGGCAUUACUAUGCUGAUUCUGGUAACUGGAAGGCACUGUCCUUUUCAUUUAACGUCCGACUCCUUAUCUACAGACCUCUGAACUCUUACCAUUUCGCUGUAGCUCCACACUACCAUCCACCUAAGCCAUGGUCUGCGAAAUGCAGACCAAGCAGAAAAGAAGCCCAUGAUUAUGACGGACCAAUUCUUGUUCCUGAAGAUAUGGUUUUGAUUUUCUGGAAGAAUUUAUAUCAAUUGCUAGUGAAGUAUAAUUUAGAGAAUUGGUGGAGAUCAACAAAGUUGUUUCGGCCAGCCCAGGAGUUUGGCAGUGUACCUUAUGCUGACUGCAAAAGUUACAUGUAAAAUAAACCACACCAGUUUAGAAUACUGUUCCGCGGUUUACAAGGGUUUACAAAACACUGUACUUUGAUGGGUAGCAAGAUCGUCCUAUAUCAGCUGACGCAAAAACGGUAUUAGUUGAAUGCCCAAUCGGCUCCAAUCGGUGGCAAAGGAGAAACGAUCAUCAUCAAAGUGUAGCCUGUCAAAAACGAUCUUAAAUUUACGUACGUACUUCUUCUUACGUACGUACUUCUUAGAACUCUAAACCGAUCUGGUUGAGCCCAAUUUAUAUUUUUCAAUAAUGAUCGCCACAGGCCAAUACAAAGUGUCAGGGAAAAUUAUAGGUUCAGUAUUUUUAAUGUUCACAUGGAUCGCCAUAAUAUAAAAGUAAGAAUUUUGGUAUUUUAACAGUUAUUUUUUGCUUGGAAACUGUAAACACCUUCUAAUCUAUUUUGUGUUUUUCCAAAAUUGGUCUAUUUAUUGUCGACAUGCAUAUUUUGACUACAAUUUUUUUUAGCUUGAAAUGAUUAUCUCAUUUUUGCGGACACUUUGUAAAUUCAGAGAAAAAAACACCAAAAAUGAUUAUAUAAAAUGCAGCUCUGUACCUAUUGGCCAAAAUAGGUACUCUUAUUUAAAUAGCUCUUAUUUAAAUGUUUUAAUAAACUCCAAUUAUUGACUGGUGCCGCAGAAAUUCUGCAUCCCACCACUGACUGGUGCUGCAGAAAUUCUGCAUCCCACAACUGACUGGUGCUGCAGAAAUUCUGCAUCCCACCACUGACUGGUGCUGCAGAAAUUCUGCAUCCCACCACUGACUGGUGCUGCAGAAAUUCUGCAUCCCACCACUGACUGGUGCCACAGAGAUUCUGCAACCCACCACUGACUGGUGCUGCAGAAAUUCUGCAUCCCAUUACCCACUGGUACCCCCAUCAAACAAAAGGUGUAGUGCCACAACAAUUUAUUCAUUCACUGUAUGGUUUAAUGGGAAAGACAUACAGAUUGUCACAAAAGUUUACAGCAAUGAGGGCAAAAGUCUUGAUUACAGUAAUAAAGAAGUAGUUAUGGCGAUAAACUGUUUUUCAUUUAUCUUUAGGAAUCGACCUUUUCACUGUAAAAUUUACAUAUGGCUAGGCUUAAAACUUAGUAAACAAAGAGAAAGUGCUCAAACAGACUCAGAAAGGCUUGGCCCUCUGUUACAAUAUUUUGGUCUGAGUCUUCGAAUUGAAUUUCAGAACAGUGUUGAGAACAUGCUAAAAAUAAUUUUACACUUAUCAAUGAGUCAUAGUGAUUAGUUGUUCUCUCUGAGAACAGCAUACCUAUUUUUCAAAAAGGUUUUGGUAGAUGGCAUUAGCUUGCCAUCUUCUGUGCGGUCGAAACCACAACAAACAACACAUGAUUUUGGCAAAUCCUCAAGCCAAGGCUCUGCUCUCCUCCGUGGGAGAUGUUGGGGAGACCAUUUACCACCAAAAGAUCCUUUCCAGUAAUGUAACUGAAAAAAGGUAUCCCCAACAGACAUUACUUUGCCAAUGACUGGAGUCUUGUCAAAGUUUUCCAAAAAAACAGCCACAAAACACCCGGCCUGGAGGUUUUCAAGAAAAUUGUCAGUCAUUUCAACUGGAUCUUGUCUUUCCCGUGGAUUUCUGUACCGACCAGUAUAUACCUGUAGACAUUAUAGAAUCAAACACAAAGUUAAGAAAUUUAAAAACCUAAAUGAAAAUGUUGUAGGUCAGAUUUGAUUUGGUUAAAAUUUUUUAAACUAUGUCAAAUCUCAAUUCCCAUAGAAUGUUCUCUGAUGAAAAAACACAUUUGACCUGUA